CUCCUUCAAGCUCAGAGGGCGACAGAUCCCGAAACCCCUUCACUAAACCCUAACUUGUGUGAGCUCUCUGAUUAUUCCGAUAUUUUGAUUGAAAUUGUUAGUUUUCUCUUCCAUUAAUUGUUGCAGCUGCGGUUUUAGUUAAUUUCUUGGCUUCAACAUGAGAGUACUGCUAUAACUCCCUCCAUCAAUGGAUCUGUUUAUUAGUAGUAAGCCAAUGGAGGAGGAUGCAAAUGGUGGCAAGACCAAGGAAGAGGAGUUCAACACUGGGCCACUUUCUGUGCUGAUGAUGAGUGUUAAGAAUAACACCCAGGUGCUAAUAAACUGCAGAAACAACAGGAAGCUUCUCGGUCGUGUGAGGGCGUUUGAUCGGCACUGUAAUAUGGUUCUUGAAAAUGUUAGGGAGAUGUGGACUGAGGUGCCAAAAACUGGGAAAGGAAAAAAGAAAGCUCUUCCAGUCAACAAGGAUAGGUUCAUCAGUAAGAUGUUUCUUCGUGGAGAUUCUGUCAUCAUUGUGCUUAGGAAUCCAAAGUGAGAUUUAAUCUAGAGUUAUUUAACGUCUGGGUAGAAGCAAGCAAGUAGCUCCUUGCAACUUUAGUUUCGAACUCAUUGCAAUUGGUGAUAUCGUAAUGUACCGCUUGGCCAAACAUUUUUUUAUCCGAAUGCCAUGUGUUCCUUUAGGUCUAA